AUGUCGGGGAUCGGGAAAAAGUCUAGAAGGGGUAAUGUGGCUUUAAAGUUAGACAUGUUGAAAGCGUAUGAUCGGGUAUCCUGGUUCUUUACUGAUAAAGUUUUGCAUAAAUUUGGGUUUGAGGAGCAUUUUAUUUACAUGGUGUGGAGAUUGGUUUCUAAUGUUUGCUUCUCGAUCCUUAUUAAUGGAGCAUCGUAUGGCUUUUUUAAAUUGAUCAAAGGUAUUCGUCAGGGUGAUCCGCUCUCACUAGCCUUAUUUGUCAUUGGAGCUGAGGUUCUAUCGAGAAGUCUGAAUAGUCUUAAUUCACACUUUGGCUUUGUGGGGUUCAGAGUACCAAGGGGGUGUCCUCCUAUGACCCAUCUGGCUUUUGCUGAUAAUGUGCUUAUUUUCGCUAAUGGUUCUUCUUUCUCCUUAAAGAACAUUAUGCAGGUGCUGAAGCUAUAUCAGAAAUCAUUUGGACGAUUGGUGAACACCCAGAAGUGUGGAUAUUUAGUGCAUCCAUCAACGUCACCAACUCACCGAAUGGUGAUUGAACGUCUAACUGGUUUUUCAAGGCAGCAUUUCCCGGUUUGUUAUUUAGGUUUUCCUUUAUAUACUGGAAGAUGUAAAUCAUCUUAUUUUGGGGUGGUGUGUCAAGCUAUUACUGGAAGAAUUCUCUCCUGGAAGUCAAGGUUUCUAUCUUCUAGGGGUAGGAUGGUUUUGUGA